AUGAAAACUCAGCACCUUUUCGCCGAAGUCGAAAAAAUUUGCGUUAAUAUGAAUCUUCCAGUAAAUUCAAUCUACAACUGGUCAAGAGGAAUCCGCCGUCGUCUUCUGGUGGUACCGACCUCCGAAUCUCUUCACCCAACACUUUCACUCGAGAUGGAAUGUACCCCAAAUGGCCUAAUUGGUUUCGCAUUUCCGUGUCUUGCAGACUCUCAACGACCGGGCCAAAGUUCAUAUGGCGUCUACAGCGAGCGGAGAGUUCCUUUGCACUGGCCCGCCUCAGAGGCUCCCAGCAUGGACAUGCUGAAGCAUCGGGAGCCUGGCGUCUCGCAUCAUCCCCUGGCAACCGGACGAACUGACAGUGCCCCCUCGGAUCUGGCCAGCCUCAAUCUUUGUCUAGGCCUGCCGGCCAUGCAAAUACGACAACCAGCCUCCACCGGAGCUGUCUCUCAUUCACCCACCCGAUGGACGACUAGACAACAGACAGUUGCCAUGACGCCAAACAGUCAAACGCAACAAUCGGACGCAGGAACAGGGUCUGGGCCGGUUAGCUACAGGCCGGCGGGAAAUGCUAUAUUUUGUUGGACACAAAAUAGCAAACACUUUCAAGAUCCUCGUCAAGCUCUCCUACUUCAAUUGGCUGAAGAGUCAAACUGUACAAUCUGGAUCAAACAUGCACAUUCACUGGAUGCUACAGCCCAACUGGCAUCACGGACAUGCAGACUUGAUGCAGCUUCAUUAGCCCCACCCACAAAAACAAAUACCGACAGACACACCAAACGCGGGCACAUGUGCCUCAAACCCACUUCAAACUCGAAUAGUGACAGACAUUUCAAGCCUUUAACUGGGACAUGGUCUACUAGCCAAACCAGCCGCUCUCGUCUCCCGCCUCUGGAAAAUCGCCGUAGUCAGCAUGAUUUUAUUAGUCCUUUCUUCUCUUCUCAACUCUCUUCUACUACACUCUCGACAGCCUGUAUCCAAAUCCUCUUGAGCAUUGAUAGGUCUGACGUUCUUGUAGCUUAUGAACAGUGGACGAGCAGAGGUUGUCCACUUUUCUGUAUGUUUCUGUAUGAGCCUGAACAGCCGAUUUUCAGUUGUCCCUUUUUCUCUUCGCAUUCGCUCUCAUUUGCUCUCUACCUCAGUCUGAAAUCCCUGCUCCGACUCGCUUUUACGCAUCUUCGUUGUAAGUGA